AAAUAAGGUGACUAAUAUAAAGAUCAAAUAUUGAUGGAGUGACAUGGUUUUUGUCCCGGAAGCCCCGUAAUCGUGCCGCCCAUGCCGACCGCAACGGUGUUAAAUAACAUGCAUUGAGGUAAAGAAACGUAAUUGGCAGAAAAUGCGCGUUAACGAGUAAUUGACACAUGACGGAGUUCCAAUCGUGGGACGUCACAGGGCCUCCUGUUACGCGAAAACACGAUCCGAGUUAGCGCCUGUCCCAAUAACAUAAACAUUCGAUCUAUUUAGGAGAGAUUCCUUUUCUAAAAAUAGUCGACUGUGUAUACUUAUGCCAAACCACAUUAAACAGAAGAAAAACGAGCCACGCACACUGGGAUGUCUUACCUCCGCAUGAUUCUCGUUGAAGUUGUUUUGCCCCUUGCCGGAUGAUUCGAUGUUCAUGAUCCUUGCGUCCUGCAACAUCGACAAACUUGAUUGUUGCGCCGAGGAGACACUAACCUAAUUGUCGACAAUUUGCUGCGGUGGACAACACCGGAUACAGACCAUGUCGAUGGGACGGUUUGCCGUUGACGACGUUUCGACGACGACGGUUCGCGAUCAAGACACUAAAUUAAGAAAACAUUCACAGCCACGGCGUCAGACUUUUCAUCACGUUUACCGACACUCAAGGCGCCGUCAGUUUCUAACGUUCACGUUUCGGUCAAAUGACUAGUAAGUGGACACUCUGCUGACUUUCUGAUCGACGAAGAAAACCAAACAACAGCUAAAAAGUCAUUAAAAUUAAAGGAAAUGCACUAGGGUUAAAAGACACACGGAGGACUGCAUCAACGACAACGACACCCACGACAUCUACUGGCUACGAACGAUUACCGAAUGCCGACGAUCGGGCUGCUCAUUGGACACGGAAGGUCACGUGGGCCGAGUUUAAGUCAUCUUCAAUCGAAUAAAUUUUAAUUGUUCCAAUUUCAUUUUUUAAACAGUAUUAUCUAUUACUUUUUUACAAUUACAAGGUUCGGAUAGAAAACAUGACAAAAAUCAUACCAAUGAUAAUGUUAAACUGUAAAUUUACAAGUUUAAAAAUAGCAUGGGCGUCGCGCAGUAAGGGCUGCAAGGGACUAAGUGUCCUUGAAAUCUAUUGCACUGAUGCCAAAUGGUAAUCUUACAAAAAAUAUCUUUUGGCGUUUUUCAAAUUUAUUAACUUUACUUGUUUAUUUUUGCACGGUUACGGUCGUUAUGGCAAUCAGAUAAACAAGCUACCUACCUAAGUCUGACACUUCUGCCUGACAAAAUUGAAAAUGUCCAAACCGACCACAAUAAAAGAAGCGAUAAAAAAAUGGGAAGAAAAACAUCCUGGAAAAAAUAUUGCUGAUGCUGAAGAAGUUGGGUUUCAGUUCCAGUGGCCACCGAUUGAAAAAAUGGACAAUUCAUUAUCUGCCCUCACAAAAUGCAGAAAAUUAAGUUUAUCAACCAACAUGAUUGAGAAAAUUGCUGGAAUCAGUUCAUUGAAAAAUUUACGGAUUUUAUCACUUGGUAGAAAUUACAUAAAGUCGUUUGCAGGGCUGGAAGGUGUAGGGGAUACUUUGGAAGAACUGUGGAUUUCUUAUAAUUUUAUUGAAAAAAUGAAAGGAGUACAUGUUUUAAAAAAACUGAAGGUUUUAUACAUGAGUAAUAAUAUGGUCAAGGAAUGGAGUGAGUUUAUGAAAUUGCAAGAACUGCCAAGUUUGGAAGACUUGCUUUUUGUUGGAAAUCCACUAUAUGAAAGUAUGGAAGAGUCAAUAUGGAAACUUGAAGCAAUCAAACGGCUACCAAAUUUGAAAAAACUUGACGGAGAACCUGUAGUAAGGGAUGAAGGAGAUUAAUUUAUAUAAAUCGUAUUUUAUUAUUUAAAAAUAUACAUACAUAAGAUAAACUAUUUACAUCCUAA